GCUGUUUUGUCAUAAGCCACAGGAACGCUUGCUUUGUGUUCGUUCGCCGUCAUAUCUCACCACAAUCCCGUUCUGUACGACAGUGCAUAUUUCACGAUAAACCAAAUUCAGGACGCACAUCAAGAUCUCCCAAUGGCAACCAUCGAUUCCCAGGAGCUCAGAGAAAGAUUUGUGCGCUUUCGAGUUCUGAUCCUAGGGAGAGCAAACGCAGGCAAAACAACCAUCCUUCAGAAGGUCUGCAACACCAUGGAACGCCCAGAAAUUUACGAUAACAAAGGAAACAAGAUUGAUGCUGCCGUCGUGGAAUCCUCGAUCAAGCGUGGAAAUCACGACAUCGAAAACGAAAUGGUGCUCAAAAGCAAUCCCGGUUUCAUCUUUCACCACUCGUGCGGUUUCGAAGCAGGCUCUGAAGAAGAAUUUGAGAAUAUGAAGAAAUUUAUCUCAGGACGCAUACACGACGAAAUUGGAGGAGCAAAUUCACGCUAUCUGGUAAGUAGCCCCCUUCCGAUGUUGCGCGCGCAUUGUGAUUGCCAUUAGGUAUUGUAUUCCGAUGGACGAACAUUGUCGAACAUUCCAGCGGUCGGAAGAGAAGUUCUUCCAGGAAUGCAACACCAGGCACAUUCCUGUAGUAGUCGUGGUAUUCACCAAGUUCGAAGCUCUGCGCCCAGCUACAUAUGGAGAAGAAUGUUCGAAGAGGAUUGCCCGGCGUGUCGAAGAACUAUUCA